AAAGUAGUCACCGCUAAGGGGCGUUUCCAGGAAGAGAGCGGUUACAUUUUCCUGUAAUGGCGGACCAGGCAGAGAGCGAGACUAUCGGGUUCAACGACAACAGAAUGGCGCAGCAGGCAGUGCGGUUUCGCGGCCCUGCGCCUGCGCCUGCGCCUACACAGACCCCAGUGUUAAGAGGCCCACCACCACUCCUUAGGCCACCGCCGCCUCCUUUUGGGAUGAUGAGGGGACCUCCGCCACGACCUCCGUUUGCACGUCCACCCUUCGACCCCAGCAUGCCACCAAUCCCUCCACCAGGAGGGAUGCCUCCACCUAUUGGGCCUCCCCACCUACAGAGACCUCCGUUCCUUCCCCCUCCUAUUGGUAACCUGCCACCUCCACCAGGAAUGCUGUUUCCUCCUGGGAUGCCUCCCGUUCCCGCAUCUGGAAACCCUGCGCUCAACCCUGCUGAAGAAAUCUGGGUAGAGAACAAGACGCCAGAAGGAAAGACAUAUUACUACAACGCCCGGACCAGAGAGUCAUCAUGGAGUAAACCUGAUGGCGUGAAGGUCAUCCAGCAGUCUGAGCUCAACCCUCUUCUCGUGGCUGGGGCUGCAGGUUCAGGGGCAAACGUUGGGGUCACCGCCAGCUCAAGCAGUGUCAACACUACAGCAAGCACAGCAGCAGCAGCCUCCCCUACUCAAGCUCCAUCCUCGGCCCCCUCCCGCACACUCACCUCCAGUCCAGACUCCAUCACCACCCAUUCCCCCUCUGCGAGCAUAGCAGCCACCGUUGUAGCAGACCUCCCUCCUAUUGCCACAGCGACCUCAUCUGUUGCUGUUUCUCCGGUCACUGUGGUGACUGUUUCCACGGUGCCAUCUCCUGUUACAGCAGUGCAGACCGUGCCACUGCUGCCAGCAGCCCUGCCUCACAGUGUGGCCCAGCCCACCGCAGCCAUACCUGCCUUCCCUCCUGUCAUGGUGCCACCUUUCAGGGUGCCUUUGCCAGGCAUGCACAUCCCUCUACCAGGUGUAGCAAUGAUGCAGAUAGUAGAUGCAACCUGUGUAAAGGCAGGCCCCAGCGCCAACGGCAUGCUUCCUGGUAUGGGCCCGCCUUUAGUUUCCGUGAUGCACCCCCAGCUGACACUCUCUGCAGCUCCUGCUUCCAUGGCUGGAUCAUUGCAGCUCCCCGAGUGGUCGGAGUACAAAACAGCAGACGGGAAAACGUACUACUACAACAACCGGACGCUAGAGUCCACUUGGGAGAAACCACAGGCUGUGUUGGAGAAAGAAAAAGAAGCAGAAAAGGCAAAAGAGCGACUUGCCCAGGAGGAAGCUGAGGCAAUGGAGAUGGAGGAUAAGGAGAACAAAAUGGAAAACACUAAUAAUGAGAAGGAGGAGACGAAAGAAGAAGAGAUGACGGAGGAGGAAAAGGCAGCUCAGAAAGCCAGGCCUGUAGCCACCAACCCUAUUCCUGGCACGCCAUGGUGUGUGGUGUGGACAGGCGAUGAUCGUGUAUUCUUCUACAACCCAACAACUCGGCUCUCCAUGUGGGACCGCCCCGAGGAGCUGGUUGGUCGAGCUGAUGUUGACAAGCACAUCCAGGAGCCACCACAUAAGAGGGGUCUGGAGGACAACAAGAAGACAGGUGUCAGCAAGGAGGAUCCAGAACUAUCCAUUGCUGCUGAAGAGAAUCAAGAUGAGGAGCCAACCAAAGCCAAAAAGAGGAAGAAGGAGGACACGAAAGAGGCAGACUCUGAGAAGGAAGCAGCCAUGGAGGCAGAGCUCCGAGCAGCUAGAGAAAGAGCUAUAGUGCCACUAGAGGCCAGGAUGACCCAGUUCAAAGAUAUGUUGUUGGAGAGAGGGGUGUCUGCAUUCUCAACUUGGGACAAAGAACUCCACAAGAUUGUUUUUGAUCCACGUUACCUACUACUGAACCCCAAAGAAAGGAAACAGGUAUUUGAUCAAUAUGUGAAGACACGAGCAGAGGAGGAAAGGAAGGAGAAGAAGAACAAGCUGAUGCAGGCCAAAGAUGAGUUCAGGAGGAUGAUGGAGGAGGCGAAGCUCACACCAAGGACAACAUUUAGUGAAUUUGCAGUGAAGCAUGGCCGAGAUCCCAGAUUUAAGACCAUAGAGAAGAUGAAAGACAGGGAGGCUAUCUUUGUGGAAUUCAUCACUGCUAUGAGGAAGAGAGAAAAAGAGGACUCCAAGUCUAGGGGAGAGAAGGUCAAGCAGGACUUUUUUGAUCUUCUGAGUGAGCAGCAUAUAGAGGGAGGUCAGCGGUGGAGCAAAGUGAAAGAGAGGCUAGAGACUGACCCGCGAUACAAGAAUGUGGAGAGCUCUGCACUCAGAGAAGAGCUUUUCAAACAGUUCAUGGAAAAACAAGCCAAGAACAUUGACAUUGAGAAGGAGCGAGAGCUGGAACGUCAGGCUCGUAUUGAGGCCAGUCUCAGAGAGAGGGAGCGGGAGGUCCAGAAGGCCCGAUCAGAACAGACCAAAGAGAUCGACCGAGAAAGGGAACAGCAUAAGAGGGAGGAGGCCAUCCAGCAUUUCAAAGCUCUAAUGUCUGACAUGGUCCGUUCUUCUGAUGCAACAUGGUCAGACACACGUCGUAACCUGCGGAAAGACCAUCGCUGGGAGUCAGCUUCGCUGCUGGAGAGAGAGGAAAAGGAGAAGCUGUUUAAUGAACACGUAGAAGCGCUGGCCAAGAAAAAGAAGGAACAUUUCAGACAACUGCUGGAUGAGACCAGCAUGGUAAGAAGUGAAAAAACAGGACAGAAAAAGAUUACUUUGACAACCACAUGGAAGGAGGUGAAGAAAGUUAUCAAAGACGAUCCUCGCUGUAUUAAAUUCUCUUCCAGUGACAGGAAGAGACAGCGGGAGUUUGAAGACUACAUCAAAGACAAAUACAUCACAGCCAAAGCUGACUUCAGGACACUGUUAAAGGAGACAAAGUUCAUCACAUACAGGUCGAGAAAGCUCAUCCAGGAGUCGGAGCAGCAUCUGAAGGACGUAGAGAAGAUUCUUCAGAACGACAAGCGGUACCUUGUUCUGGAGUGUGUCCCAGAGGAGCGCAGGAAGCUCAUCAUGUUCUACAUUGAAGAUCUAGACCGCCGUGGCCCGCCACCUCCUCCCACCGCCUCUGAGCCUACCCGACGAUCUACCAAGUGACCAAUCUAAUUACUGUCUUGGCCAGUGCUGUACUCCUCCUCGCCCUCCCUUUGGCCAGAGCAUGCCCUCCCCUCAGCUCCCUUGAUCUCCGCUCUCCAGGCCCACGGCUGGCCAUGCAGUGUUUUUUCAGGGGGGUUACGUUGCUUAGAUGUGUACCAUAGAGAUGAACGGUUAACGUCUCUGUGUUAUGUCAAAGUCAUGAAAAAGCCCUGCGUUUGAGGCGCAGGGACUAGAGGUUACCUGAUCCCAAGGUGACCCUUAACCCCUCACCUCUGACUGACCACAUUAGAGGGAGGAGGGAUAGCAAUGAGGCUGCAGGUUGUGCAGCCACACAGAUGUAAGAAAGCCGAUGUAAAUGAGGUUGAGUGUGUGUAUGCAUGUGAUUGAGGCGUCCUUAAGCCUUACAGAUCCACUGUGCCAGGUCAUCUUUUCAGCGGCUCAGUGUGAAUGUUAGUUUCUGCUCAGUGGUUCACUCCAAUGUUGCAGCAGCUUCUCUGUUGAAUGAAAUAAAGACGACUUCCACUGUUUUUCAAUA